AUGGUUGUCGCUACUAUCAAAUGUGUUGUUGUUGGUGAUGGUGCAGUCGGAAAGACAUGUCUAUUGAUCUCCUACACGACAAAUAAAUUCCCCUCAGAAUACGUGCCUACUGUUUUUGACAACUAUGCUGUGACUGUGAUGAUUGGCGACGAGCCCUACACUUUAGGCCUUUUUGAUACCGCUGGACAGGAAGAUUACGACCGCUUGCGUCCUCUUUCAUACCCCCAGACCGAUGUUUUCUUGGUUUGCUUUUCCGUGACAUCACCUGCUUCGUUUGAAAACGUACGGGAAAAGUGGUUCCCUGAAGUCCACCACCACUGCCCUGGCGUCCCAUGCCUCAUCGUCGGUACUCAGACGGAUCUUCGUGAUGACCCCGCCGUCCGGGAGAAACUGUCUAAGCAAAAGAUGCAACCCGUUCGCAAGGAGGAUGGCGAUCGCAUGGCAAAGGAGUUGGGCGCAGUCAAAUAUGUCGAAUGCUCUGCUUUGACGCAGUACAAGCUCAAGGAUGUUUUCGAUGAGGCCAUCGUCGCCGCCCUAGAGCCUGCCCCCAAGAAGAGGCCCAAGUGUGUUCUUCUGUAA